AUGUAUCGUCUCCUAAUCUUAGGUGCUCUACUUAGCUCCGCCUUUACCGCUUCUAUACUAGAUGAAUCCAGUGGGCGUAUUGUUGGCGGUGAGGAUACCUCUAUUGAAGCGCAUCUUUACCAAGUUUCGUUAUGGUUAAUUGAAGAGGGAAUGCACUUCUGUGGUGGCAGUCGCGUUAGUGAAGAUAUCGUCGUGACAGCAGCGCAUUGUCGACUUGGCUUUGAACCAUCUGAUAUGCUUGUGCGUUUAGGUUCGACCAAUUCCAGGAGUGGUGGCCUCUUAGUUGAGGUGACUGCUUUGAAAUAUCAUGAAGGUUUCAACGGCAAAACUACAGUCAAUGAUAUUGCAGUCUUACGUUUGGCGCAAAAAGUGACGCAAUCGGAAAGUAUCCGCUUCAUUGACUUAGCAGAGACAGUACCACCCACUGGCACUCAGGCUGUGGUAUCCGGUUGGGUACUAAAUGUGCCAGUCUUUGCAUAUUAA